CUGGUCUAUAUUCACGGCGGAUACUGGCAGUGCUUGAGUAAAGAUGAGUCGGGGUUCGCAGCCCCCCCACUGGUGUCGCGGGGUGUGGCAGUUGUGGCGGUGGGCUAUGACAUAGCCCCUGAAGGCCACAUGGAUGCCAUGGUGCAGCAGGUGCGGCGCAGCCUGGCCUUCCUGGUGCAGAAGUACCCCAGCACCAGGGGCAUUUACCUGUGUGGACACUCGGCGGGGGCCCACCUGGCAGCCAUGGUGCUGUCCACAGACUGGACAGAGUACGGAGUGACACCGAACAUCAAAGGAGCUGUGCUGGUGAGCGGUGUGUACGACCUGGAGCCCAUCCUGCGCACCUACGUCAACGACGCGCUGGGCAUGACGUGGGAGGUGGCCCAGAGGAACAGCCCCAUGCUGUGUGUGGCCCCUGCAGCACCCGCAGCUGCUGCCUGCCAGGUGCUGGUGGCCGUGGCCCAGCAUGACUCCCCGGAGUUCCGCCGGCAGUCGCAGGAGUAUGGCCAGGCCCUGCGUGCAGCUGGCUGGUCAGUCUCCCUGCUGGAUAUCGCUGGUGUGGAUCACUUUGACAUCAUUGAGAAGCUGUCGGAGGAGAACUAUAUCCUCACCCAGGUGAUUCUGAACAUAAUUUCAAGAGCUUGA